AUGGAUCAUAUCACAGGGACUGAUCUCAUUUUCCCGAUGGCUUUUGUGACUUCCAAUCAAUCUUCUCCAAAUCUUUCCCUCAUUUCCUCCUCCUCCAACGCCACCGGCGCUGUCAUCAUCUCUACCGGCCACCUCCGUAUUCAUGUAUACACAGGUACAUGCGAUAACUCUACUCCUCCCCGCUCCCCUGAACAUCUUGAAAUCAAGAUUCCCCACCCCCAUGAACCCAACCCAUCACAAUGCCCAACCCACCUUUCACCUUUGCCGAUCCCGCCUGUUCGUCGGCCCAAAGAUGUCAUCGGAAAGGAUCAACAGCUGAUCAGGGGACGAUGUGGGCUACCUGGAUGGUUGCGUGCUGCCGUACCACUCGGCUUGUGGCUGUUCCCUCUUCUUUCGUGCAUCCUGCGUCCUGACCGUAUUUCGUGCUGGAAAUUUCGAUUGUCUCACUGCGUGCACGGUGAUUUGCCGGGGGCCAAUGGAUUUCUCGUUCCUGACCCUAAUUCGCCGGGUGGUGGGGUGGAGGGCGUCCAACACUGGUCCACUCACAACCCGACGGACGGAGAUGAUGUUCUUUCUCAGGACCCCCUCUCCUCUCUCGCUGCUCCGGCUCGAGAGACCCGACGCGGAGCUCCCUCCGCGCUAUUGACUCUCGUCCAUGGGAAUUCUGUGAAUCGCGCGCUCAAAAUAGCCAUGUCUGACUCCAUUUGCGAGCUCUUUUGCCCUUUCGCCUCCACCCCACCCCGUGAACUUUGA